AUGCACUUCUUAGAAGCAGCCCAGCCUUACUUGAGGCCUCUUUUCAAUGCUUCGAAGAUCUUCUUCACCUGCUGGGGCUUGGGGUCUGCACAGACCGACCCCUUUCGCAGCGUGCCGUACAACUUGGAGGAUUUUGCAGGCAUUCGCGAUCUCACGGAGUUCCUGUUGAUGGACUUUCUAGCAGCAGCCUUGGCUCUGCACUACCCUAUGGCCAUGGGCCUCAACAAGGACCACAAGGUGACCAAGAGCAUGAGCAAGCCCAGGCACAGCCACCACAGCGGGCGUCUGACCAAAUACACUGAGUUUGUGUGGGACAUGAUCUCAGAGCUGUGUGGCUUUGCCUCAUACAAGCAGGGCGCCAUGGAGUUACUGAAGGUGUCCAAGGACAAACGGACCCUCAAGUUCAUCAAGGAAAGGGUGGGGAUGCACAUCUGUACCAAGAGGAAGCGGAAGGAGCUGAACAAUGUUCUGGCUGCCAUGAGGAAAGCCACUGCCAGGAAAGACUAA